CGACGUCGUUUUGGGUCUUAACCUGUUUAUGUAAGAAACCACCGACUGAGUGAAAACUAGCCGCCGCCAUUUCUCAUUGAUAUGACUCUUUCCAGUGCUUUCAAUGUUCUCAAGUCCUCCAAAUUCAUUUCAUGGAAAUCGACCGGUAGAUUUCAGCAAACUCUGGCAGGUUAUAUAGAAAGAACGGGGAAAGCUCUACACUCCGGUAAAGUUUCGACAGUGAAAAUAUGGCCGGGGUUCGCCGGAGAAGGGAGAUAUUUCGAUUUCCGAUCAAAUGUAAUUCCUGCUACGAUCGAUUACGCCACAGAAUCGCCUCUGUGCACCACGCUAUGCAAAGAUGGUUAUAGAAUUUCAACCAUCGAACACUUGCUUUCGGCUUUGGAAGCCAUGGGAGUCGAUAAUUGUCGAAUUGAGAUAGCGAAUUCGGAACCUGUAGGAGAUGAUCACCACGUUGAGGUUCCAAUUUUUGAUGGAUCAGCAAGUGAGUGGGUGGAAGCAAUAGAAGAGGUUGGUUUGAAGAUGGCAACAGAUGAGUGUGGGAAUAGUUAUGAAAAGAUGGCAGCACAUGUAAAUAAACCGAUUCGAAUUCGGAAGAAAGGUUCUUUUGUGGCUGCAUUUCCAUCUCCAAAAGUUUCCAUCACUUGUGGGAUUGACUUUCCCCAGGCCCCUGCUAUUGGAUCCCAGUGCUUGUCGUCGGUUCCUUUCGAUAACUCUUAUUACUCCAACCAAAUAGCUUCAUCAAGAACUUUUUGUAUUUAUGAAGAGGUGGAGAAAAUGUACGAAUUAGGACUCAUCAAAGGUGGUGGACUAGAAAAUGCAAUUGUUUGUAGUGCUAGUAAAGGUUGGUUGAACCCUCCACUUCGUUUCCACGAUGAACCUUGUCGCCAUAAGGUCUUGGACCUUAUCGGCGAUCUUUCUCUUUUAGCAAGAUUUGGGAAUCAAGGGAUUCCCGUGGCGCACAUAGUGGUUUGCAAGGGUGGCCAUGGACUGCAUACCGAUUUGGCGCGAGUUCUUUCAGUUAGUUAGCAUCUGAAAGGGUUUUCACACAUUUUCUUAGCUCCAUUUUUAACACUUUGGGUAGGUGUGUAUAAACAUGAACUUAGAAGAAUGAUUUGACAAUAGAAGAACUAGAAUUUGGAAUAUAGUGUAGAGAACAAGUAUUUAAGUUUAAUGUAAUUGUGGGAUGCUUUGCUUAUUGAUUUCUUUGAAGUUUAAUGUAACAUAGGUUGGUAAUUUACCCAAUAGAAAAUUGGUUUGUAAUGAUAUUUUUAACUUUUUUUUUGUAGUGCUUUCCCUAUACAAUUUAUUUUGAUUAUAAUCAUUUGAAUUUUUAGCUAAA